AUGUUGCUGCCGAUCUUCUUUUUUGUGCUCCUGGCAUCCACGAACGCGGUAAUAAUAGAUAACUUAUUAAAAAUACCGAAAAUUGUGCUGGAUCCCUUAGAUCUGAUACCAGCACUCCCAGAUCUAGGCACUUUUACAUCCGGGCCUGAGGAUGCGCAACUUACGACCAUGGAACUGAUAAAGAAGUACGGUUACAAUGGCGAACAGCAUACAGUGACUACUUCUGAUGGUUAUAUUUUAGAAUUACAUCGAAUAACAGGACGAGCUAAUUCCAGCGAUUCACAAAAGCAAAAACCUGUUGCUUUUGUGAUGCAUGGCAUUCUGGCAAGUUCAUCGAUUUGGGUCUUUGCCAAGCCCGAGAAAAGUUUAGGAUUUAUUCUUUCUGAUGAGGGAUAUGACGUAUGGCUUGGAAACGCGCGUGGCACCUUGUAUUCCCAUGAACAUUCGAAUUCGUCUAUCAAAAAGAAAAAUUAUUGGAGUUUCAGCUGGCACGAAAUUGGUAUAUACGAUCUUCCAGCAAUGAUAGACUACGUCCUAGAGACUACCGGUCAAGAAAAACUGUUUUACUUGGGGCACAGCCAAGGUACCACAAGUUUUUUCGUGAUGGCGACGGAGGUGCCCGAGUACCAGGACAAGAUUAAGGCGAUGUUCGCCAUGGCACCGAUCGCUUAUUGCGGCAGGAUGAAGAGUCCUUUCAUGCAAUUGCUGGCACAGUUCUCUAAUACCAUCGACAUAAUGUGGUCCUUGAUCGGUAUUCACGAAUUUAACCCCAGCAACGACUUCACAAAAAAAAUUCAGCAAAUAAUGUGCGCGGAAAAAGCUCUCUCGCAACCAAUAUGCUCGAAUAUGAUGUUCCUAAUUGCUGGAUUUAAUCCUGAUCAGCUCGACAUGAGUCUUUUACCGGUAAUCUUAGGACAUCUUCCUGCUGGUGCAUCCACAAAGCAACUUAUUCACUAUGGACAACUCAUACAAUCUGGUUUACUUAUUUCACCGGGAAAAUUUAAACAAUUCGAUAACGGAUUAUUGCAGAAUAAAAAAUUAUACAACUCACGUACUCCACCAAUAUAUGAUGUAAAGAAGAUCAAAAUACCAGUCUCACUCUUUUACAGUAAAAACGACUGGUUAGCGAACGUCAAGGAUGUGAAAAAACUGUAUAGCGAGUUGGGCAAUCCUUAUAGUCUAUUUCUAGUGCAUGAUAAGAAAUUCAACCAUCUAGAUUAUAUGUGGGCCAUCGACGCGAAGCCACUUGUGUAUGACCCGAUAAUAAGUUUAAUGGAAGAGUUCAAAUAAAAAAAAGUACCAGCGUUCGUUCUUUCAAUUUCUGUAAUUAAUCCAUGAAAUUUAAUCGGGGACUUUUAUCUUUCUCGUUGGCGGAGCUAUUUUAUAUCUUGGAAUUAAUUCGAUGCAAUUAUU